AUGUUGGGUGUUCGCAGACCAAGUUUAGUCCGACAAAUGGCUUUUCGUCAGGACUCCAACGAUUCAGAUAUCAGUAUUCGUCAUGGACAUCUAGCUGCUUCAACUCCAUUGCCUGAUAGUCCAAGACCACAAAAAGAAACGAAGAAAGUUGAAAUAUCUCCUUCAUCACUUACAGUAACUGUAAAAGUUCCAGAAUUGAAGAAAGAAGACACAAUUAUUUGUCGUGAUCCAACCGUUCUGGAUAAGAAACAAACAUGA